AUGCUUCUUGGCGCAAUGGCUCCUGCAUUGUUGACUGCCCGUUUCCAGGAAUCUGUUACUGCCAAUGCUCUCAGAGCCUAUCUUGCAGAGUUCAUUUCCACAUUCUUUUAUGUGUUUGCGGUUAUUGGUUCUGCCAUGGCUUCACGGAAAUUGAUGUCAGAUGCGGCAACAGAUCCGUCUAGCCUGGUGUUAGUUGCCAUUGCAAACACCUUUGCUCUGUCGUCGUCGGUGUACAUUGCUGCAAACGUCUCCGGUGGACAUGUGAACCCGGCCGUCACCUUUGGCAUGGCAGUUGGAGGUCAUAUCAGUGUCCCAACGGCUAUGUUUUACUGGGUUUCUCAAAUGUUGGCCUCUGUCAUGGCCUGCCUUUUGUUGAAGGUCACUACUGUUGGACAGCAUGUCCCAACUUUUACAAUUGCAAAUGAAAUGACUGGAUUUGGAGCAUCCAUGGUGGAAGGUGUGCUCGCAUUCGCUUUGGUGUACACCGUUUAUGCUGCUGGCGACCCUAGAACCGGUCCAUUGGGGGUCAUUGGACCCUUGGCAAUAGGGUUGAUGGCAGGAGCCAUGGUCUUGGCUGCAGGGCCGUUCUCUGGAGGGUCAAUCAACCCUGCAUUGGCUUUUGGCUCUGCUGUCGUUGCCGGUCGCUUCAAGAACCAAGCCGUUUACUGGGUUGGACCCCUGAUUGGAGCAGCAGUUGCGGGGCUUGUCUACGACAACGUUGUGUUUCCCGGUCAAGCAGCAUCAGUUUCUGGGAGAGGGAAUUCAGAGGGAAUUGGGCUUUAACUGCUUUUCACGUGUACUUAAUUUGCUUUCAUAAUGCUCUUUUAGGCCAUGUGUAAUUCUUUUAAGA